AUGGACACUGGAAACUGCUCCAGGGUGACAGAGUUCAUUCUCCUCGGAUUCGCAGGAGCUCCAGAGCUGAGAGUCUUCCUCUUCCUGCUGUUCCUUCUCAUCUAUGGAGUCACGGUGCUGGGCAACCUGGGCAUGAUUGCAGUGAUUCAGGCUAGCUCUCACCUUCACACUCCCAUGUACUUUUUCCUCAGCCACUUGUCCUUUGUGGAUUUUUGCUACUCCACUGUCAUCAUGCCAAAGAUGCUAACUAAUACCUUAAGCAAAGACAAAGCCAUCUCCUUCCUGGGAUGCCUGCUACAGUUCUACGUGUUUUGCACAUGUGUGGUAACUGAGGUCUUCCUGUUGGCUGUGAUGGCCUAUGACCGCUUCGUGGCCAUCUGGAACCCACUGCUCUACAUGGUCACCAUGUCCCGGAAUCUCUGUAUGGAGUUGGUGUCUGGCUGCUACAUCUGUGGGAUGGCGUGUUCUCUGAUCCACUUGUGUUUAGUGCUUGAGAUCCCAUCCUACAGAUCAAAUGUGAUUGACCACUUCUUUUGUGAUCUACCUCCUCUCUUAUCCCUUGCCUGCACUGAUGUCACUAUGAAUGAACUGUUGCUAUACAUUGUGGCCACCAUCAAUGAGUUCACCACCAUCGUGAUCAUCCUCACCUCCUAC